AUGCCUCCAUUUUGGCCGACCGGACCCUCCGCCGACAUUCCAGGAGGAACCGUUGACGGACUCUAUGUCCGGGAUGUCAGCAGCGAGAACAUUGCUAAUACCUUAUCUUCGGUCGACCCUAAUCCCCAUAAGCUCCUCCCACGAGACUCAGACGACUCGGAUUCCACGCCAAAAUAUGGCGCAGGCACGGUCGACCCGCACAGCAUCAAGAUGCAAGGCCUGAUGGCCUUGUUUGCCCUUAUCGGACUAGCAUUUGUCAUAGGAGGAAUCUGGUUCUUCUUCUGGGCUAAGAACGGCGGAUUUGUCUGGCGCAAGGGCGACUGGGAUGACUACAAGUCCACCGUUCUACGACGAAAGGGACCCGACGGAAAGACUCUCAGUAAUGCCACAGCGAGUACCAAUCUUGGUGGCGGAAGUGUUGUCGGCAAGGGCUACACCGACGACGGAUACUCGUUUACAGAAGGAUCAUACGACGACACAGCGACAACUGUCACGGAGGAGAAGUCACGGCGCAAGAAGUUCAGAGAGACCGCUAAAGAGAAACUUCUCCGGCGCAACAAGCACGAGCAGUGGGAAGGUGCAGAUGAUGCCGACGUACGCGCCUACCGAGCAGAAAAGCCCGCUCGCAUUGGUGGCAUGAACCGCGAAGCCGACGGAACCUACAAUGGCAGCGACUACGACACCUCCGCCCCGCCUACCCACUACCAACAGAGCGAAAUGAGCCAUGCUCAUGACUUCGCUUACGAGCAGCCACGACGUCAGCACCGUGAUCCCUCCGGCUUCUCGUUCACCCAAGGCAGUGAGGAUGUUAUCAGCCAAGUUACCGAUCAGCCUCGUAUCCGCGACCCAUCAACCCGCCGCCACAACCGCCGUCGCGAACGACGCAGUGAGCUUGCCCUACCCGCCCCACCUUCCGCACCUUCAUCUCGUACUAGCAGCCCUCGCAAGCACCGUGAGCGCCGCUCUGUGCCCCACGGUCACUUCACCGAGCCCCUGGAUUUCUCAUCUGCAGGAUCCCGUUCCGAAUAUCAAUACUCCAACGUGGACACCGAGGAUUCAGGUACCAAGAGCUACAAGCAUCCAAUUCCUGGUUUGACGAAGGGAUACCGCCGCGAUGGACGGAGCCGUCGUCGUGACAGUCUGAGUGAUAGUGAGGGCGAGACACAGUACUCAUGA